GGAUCAAGACUAUUUGGGGUACUCCAUCUCUUUCUCAAAAUUCGUUUCUAUCUGCAAAACAUGAUUUUUCUCAUGAUUUUAAAUCAGCUCCAAUCUCUCGCCGUCUUCCUUAUUUACGCUCAGAUUGGGUGCGCAUUAAUCGGAUCAUUAGGAGCAUUAUACAAUGGAGUUUUGUUGAUAAAUUUGGCGAUUGCGUUGUUCGCGCUUGUUGCAAUCGAGAGCAAUAGCCAAAGUCUCGGCCGCACCUACGCGGUUCUUCUCUUCUGCGCUCUGCUUCUUGAUAUCUCAUGGCUCAUACUUUUCACCCAAGAGAUUUGGAGCAUUUCAGCUGAGACGUAUGGAACGUUUUUCAUAUUUUCAGUGAAACUGACAAUGGCGAUGGAAAUGAUUGGGUUCUUUGUGAGGCUAUCAUCCUCGCUCUUUGUGAGGAUUGACUCAUAAACAUUUCUUAGCUGAGAAGCUUUUUUAAGGUAAAUCAAAAAGUGACUACGAUUAGUCGAACAUUUUGUUUGUUCUAUAUUCUUUCUGUUGUUGUUCCAUUGUUUUAAGUAAACAGUUCCAUGUUUG